CCUCCCUCACGUGACGGAGCCAUCAUGGCGGCGACCAGAGGUUUGCCCGGCUCCCGGAAGCAGGCUGUGAGGGGCGGGCGUGCAGCUGGAACCCAAGCGAAGCCGGAGCAAGAGCGGGGAGGGCGGCCCGGCAGCCUGGAGCCGGGCGUGUCCGGAGCGACCCCGCAGACCGGGGCAGCAGGUCGGCUGGGGGCCCACUAUGCUGGUAACUGCCUACCUCGUUUUUGUAGGCCUUUUGGCCUCCUGCCUGGGGCUGGAGUUGUCAAGAUGCCGGGCUAAACCCCCUGGAAGGGCCUGCAGCAAUCCUUCCUUCCUUCGGUUUCAACUGGACUUCUAUCAGGUCUACUUCCUGGCCCUGGCAGCUGACUGGCUCCAGGCCCCCUACCUCUAUAAACUCUAUCAGCAUUACUACUUUCUGGAGGGUCAAAUUGCCAUCCUCUAUGUCUGUGGACUUGCCUCCACUGUCCUGUUUGGCCUAGUGGCCUCCUCCCUUGUGGAUUGGCUGGGUCGAAAAAAGUCUUGUGUCCUCUUCUCCCUCACUUACUCUCUAUGCUGCUUAACCAAACUCUCUAGGGACUAUUUUGUGCUGCUGGUGGGACGAGCACUUGGUGGGCUGUCCACAGCCCUGCUCUUCUCAGCUUUUGAGGCCUGGUACAUCCAUGAGCACGUGGAGCGCCAUGACUUCCCUGCGGAGUGGAUCCCAGCUACUUUUGCCCGAGCUGCCUUCUGGAACCAUGUGCUGGCUAUAGCAGCAGGUGUGGCAACUGAGGCUGUGGCUAGCUGGAUGGGGCUAGGGCCUGUGGCGCCCUUUGUGGCUGCCAUUCCUCUCCUGGCUCUGGCUGGAGCCCUGGUCCUACGCAACUGGGGGGAGAACUAUGAUCGGCAGCGUGCCUUCUCAAGGACCUGUGCUGGGGGCCUGCGCUGCCUCCUGUCAGAUCGCCGUGUGCUGCUGUUAGGCACCAUACAAGCCCUUUUUGAGAGUGUCAUCUUCAUCUUCGUCUUCCUUUGGACUCCUGUAUUAGACCCACAUGGGGCCCCACUGGGCAUUGUCUUCUCCAGCUUCAUGGCAGCCAGCUUGCUUGGCUCUUCCCUGUACCGCAUUGCCACCUCUAAGAGGUACCACCUUCAGCCCAUGCACCUGCUCUCACUUGCUGUCCUCAUCGUUGUUUUCUCUCUUUUCAUGUUGACUUUCUCCACCAGCCCAGGCCAGGAGAGUCCAGUGGAGUCCUUCAUAGCUUUUCUACUUAUCGAGUUAGCCUGUGGGUUAUACUUUCCCAGCAUGAGCUUCCUACGGAGAAAGGUGAUCCCUGAGACAGAACAAGCUGGUGUACUCAACUGGUUCCGGGUGCCCCUGCACUUACUAGCCUGCCUAGGACUUCUCGUCCUCCAUGACAGUGAUCGAAAAACAGGCACUCGGAACAUGUUCAGCAUCUGCUCUGCUGUCAUGGUGAUGGCUCUGCUGGCAGUGGUGGGACUCUUCACCGUCGUAAGGCAUGAUGCUGAGCUACGGGUGUCCUCACCCACUGGGGAGUCAUAUGCUCCUGAACUCUGACCUUGUUCCAGGACAAGGCACGUGGGAUGAACUUGAAUCCUAUCUCUCCAGGGUUGUGUAGAUGUAUCUGUGACUGACUUUGUGACUCUUUUCUACAGCCCCUCCUGCCAGUGCUUUGUGUUGGGGUGGACAUGGAGGUAAUGGCUGGAAAGAAGGUGCCAAAGUUGCCUCUGUGUUACUCCCUUUCCCCUUACCAUUUAAAAAUAAAUACUUGUAACUGAUCA